AUGGUGCGGCAAGUGCUGCUCGCGUCUGAGCCGCUCACUCCAGACGAGUUGGUGCGGAAGGUGAGGAACGCACACGAAAAAGAGCCGUGUGAGAGCGCGACGACGCCGUCUCCCACGUCACCGCUGUCUUCUGCUGCUGCUGCAAAGGUGUCACCAGCAAAUGUGGCGGAGGCGUCUGGUCGAAUCGAGUAUCUCCGCAGUCAUAUCAUGCCUCCUGCAAUGGUGCGGAGAGGCGCGACAGGCGGAGCGGGAGGUGGCCCCUGUCCCGUGGAGUCCACCGUGCGACUCCUGCUCGCUGUGGAUUCGCAGUUCCGUGUCUCACCAGGCGGCUUCGUCUGCUACCCGAACCUGCCGUCGCUAUGUCUUGCGUCGAAUACCGCUGACCGCAAUGAAAGAUGGAUGCGAACGGCGUGGCGAAUCGUGUCGCCAGAAGAAGGAUCUUGCAACAGCAACAAAAAUAACAGUGGCGUUAACGAUGCCACAGUGGAGUCGGUGGAGCUGAAGGAAGUAUCCGGGUGGAAUUACAUGCUGAGUUUCUGGUGGGUGAUGCUGGAUAUCCCCGAUGAGGAUAAUGGACCCAAGGCUUCCUCUAAGGUAGCUGCAGCCAUGGCGCCAGGCAGCACCGCACAUGAGCGUAUGUGUAUCUCACAGAGUCUUGUCGACCACUGGAUCAGCACCUUUGACCAGCGCGACCUUCCGCUGCUACUGCGUAACGCUGCUCCUGCAGGUAGUUCCGGCGAUGGCGAUCAAUCACAGGCAUGGACGCAGCGCAGAGGCCCACCACCUCCAGAAGCUCCGCUUGAGUUUCGGGAGUCCGUUGAGGGUAACGAUUGUCUUCGGCGCUGGUGUGUGGAGGCGCGGGAGGGAGUCCUCGGCGAAACGUUGGUGGGGGCGCCGCUGCUCACCCAAUCCUCCUCCGCGAUGAUGCAGAUCAUCAACGAGCAGAUCGGACUGUUGUUCGGCCAUGUCGUUGGCACCCCCAUCACACUGGGACGACUGUCGGCACUAAUUCAGUGGGAAAGUCUCCCAUUCGCAGCGCAUUACCAGUCGCUGCUGCACUUCUUACUGGUGUACACCGCCAACCCUAGCGUGGUGCAGAUGGAGCGACGCGAGUUGCGCCGCCGCGAGGCACACAAGCAGUGGACGGAACUGUUAUGGGCACGCAUUGAGCGAGAGCGGUGCCGCCACUUGCAGCCGCACUACAGUGGUGAGCGCCAUUCACUCUCUCGACGAUAUGCCUCGCGUGAAUAUGUGGAGGAUCCGCCGGUCGAAAAGGAAAAUGCAGAGGCCAUUGACGACGAUGGCAGUAGCAACAGCAGCGUGCCACACGAACAAGCCACUUGGGCAAAGGAGGUGUCGUCAGCGCAGUACCUAUCGUGGGUGCAGUGCAGCAGCGGCCUCAACGUUAACCCAAGGCCAUUGGAAGUGUGCCGCUGUGUGUUUCUGCAGCCCGCCGCCAUGGAGCCGCUUGAGGUAGCCACCCGCACACCAUCUGAAGUUGCGGAAGCCCUCACAAAACAGAAGAAGAAAGGGAAGAAUGCGGAAGAGGGUGCCACUAAUGAUAUGGUGGUCUUUUCCACUACGCGGUACGUCUUUGUGCGUCGCAUAUUCCGCGUGGUGCGUCUGUGGUGGGUGUUUGAAGGGCAACACGUGGCAGUUGACAAGGAGGCCGGUAUUCGCAUCACUGUGCAGCGACUGUGUCAGAUUUGUUUGUGGGAGCAUGAGUACGGCGCCCCUGCUGCCGCGAACAUGAUGCUGCAGUACCUACAGUUGUUGAUAGCAAACGGAGUGACAGAAGUACAGCUGCUGCCACCGCCAUCGGCUUCGGCGAGUGAGGCAGGGUGCUGGUUGGUCGCGCUGCGUUCGUACGGCGAGAGCAGCAGAAGGGCAGUGGAAGGCGGGAACCGAGGCGAGUAA